AUGCAGCAUCUCUCAAUCCUUCUCGCUAUUCUACUCACCAUUCCUUUCCUUCAAGCCAAAAAGCCGCUUGAUGAGCAACACUGUGAAGUUUGUAUCAAAACCAUCAAUAAAUUCGCUGAGACUUUAUCAGCCGAUGACAAGUCCAGUGUCGAAAAGAUUGAAAAAGGAUUUAAAAGUUUUUGUAAGAAAGUAAAAGUCGAUUCCAAAGAGCAUCGAUUGUGUUAUUAUGUUGGCGCAUUGGAAACUUCAGCUACUUAUGCGAUCGGUGAUUUAUCAAAACCACUUGCGUGGGGAAUUCCAACAGAAAAAAUCUGCCGCGAACGACUUUUCAAAACCAAUCCGCAAAUUUGUGAUCUGAAAUAUGAAAAACCGAUUGAUAUCAACGGAAUCGAUUUGAAUAAACUCAAAGUGAAAGAUUUGAAGAAAAUUCUGACCGAUUGGGGUGAAACUGCUGAUUUUAUGGAGAAAUCUGAAUAUAUUAGACGUAUUAACGAAGUCAAAGAUAAAUAUGUCAAACCAGCAUCAGAUACUGAGAAAAAAGAUUUGUGA